AUUACUGAGCACCACAAUGUGAAAACCAAUGCCCCCCUCACUCUUCUCUCUUUUCUCCUCUCUCUCCCUUUCUUUCUUCGUGUGACAUGAACAGGGCAAUAUGACUCUAUUACGCUGCUCCCGACGGCUUGUGUGCAGCAACGUCUAUCGCACCCACCCCUCAAUUGCUUUACAAUCACUUGCUUUGGCGGAUCUCUGUCGUCGUCGGGCAUUUCAUGGCUCCACCACGUUUUGGGGAAACAGGUCACAGGUUCUGAAGGAUGUAGGAGAAGGCAUCACUGAAGUACAGAUCAUUCAGUGGUAUGUGGAGGAGGGCGCACAUGUCGAGGAGUGGAAGCCUCUGUGUCAAUAUCAAUCAGACAAAGCUGUGGAUGAUAUAACGUCGAGAUAUGCGGGUGUUAUUAAAAAGCUUCAUUUUCAAGCAGAUGAUACAGUGCCCACAGGAAAAGCACUAUGUGAUAUUGAGGUCGACGAUGCACAGUAUCCCGACGAGGGCACACCCGUUCUUGCCAAUGCAGAGCCAGCCGAGCCCGAACCUUCGCAGACUAGCCCCAUCACUGAAGAUUUGAAAUUGGAUACCCCGAAGGAAAUUCUUGUUGAAGAAGAGAAACCCAAAUCAAAAUACGCUUCUCUUGCGACUCCUGCAGUACGCGGGCUCUUGAAAGACUUAAAUGUCAACAUCCUCGACGUUACGGGGACAGGCAAAGAAGGACGAGUCCUCAAGGAGGACGUUCAAAAGUUCGCAAGAUCAAGAGACCUAGCUAGCAUAGUCCCAGUACAGCAAAAUACGUCAUCAGCGAGACCACUUGUGCCGGCUGAGACCAAACAAACUGAGACCAUUGCACCAUUGAAUCAUAUGCAGUCGCAAAUGUUCAAGACCAUGACCAAGUCUUUGCAAAUACCCCAUUUACUAUUUACAGACGAACUCAAUAUCGAUGCUGUCACGGCUCUUCGACGCAAACUCUCCAGUGAUCCCAGCAAUACCCCGAAAAUCACAUCUCUAUCCUUCAUCAUCAAAGCUGUCUCUCUAGCGCUCGAAGAGUACCCGACCCUGAAUGCCAAAAUCGACACAUCUGAUCCAAAGAAACCAAUGCUAGUGAUGCGCAAAAACCACAAUAUAGGAGUUGCAAUGGACACUCCUCAGGGUCUCAUCGUCCCUAACAUCAAGAACGUCGCGGCGCGGUCAAUCUCGGACAUUGCUGCUGAGAUAUCUCGUCUCAGCGCUCUGGGGAAAGAAGGCAAGCUCACACCAGCCGAUCUGAGUGGAGGCACUAUCACAGUCUCCAACAUUGGAAAUAUUGGCGGUACGUAUGUGGCGCCUGUGAUAGUCUCGUCCGAAGUUGCAAUUCUCGGAGUUGGUCGGUCAAGGGUUCUCCCUGUCUUUGACGAUGCUGGCCAAGUCACCAAGGCCGAACUCGUCAAUUUCAGUUGGAGCGCAGACCACCGAGUUAUAGAUGGUGCUACAAUGGCACGGAUGGCCAACAAAGUCCGAGAAUUUAUGGAGUCGCCGGACAAAAUGUUGCUGAGACUGAGAUGAUAUAAAUAUAUGUUGGUAGAGUAAAUAGACUGUUCGAUAUAGUUAAAUCCUUUGCGAUACCUAGUGCAUGAAAUAUAUGAACCUACAUAUUUUAAGUGCGU